GUCUAGACGGAACAGAACCCGUGACGUAUACGGUCACCAUUCUACUGUGCGGGCAAUCAAUAAACACCUUCUGCAAAGUGACAACAAACCCAUAUAUCCAGCAUUUUUGAGGAUAUUAAAUACAGUUAUGGACUCCACAGCGACCAUAGGGGGGUUCAUCAGCACCCUCACUGAGAUGGGCUUCAGUGAGGAUCAGAUACAGGCGGCGACACAGGCCGGAUUCUUCUCUGUACCAGAAGCGGCUGAAUGGCUUUUGCAGGGUGGGAGUCCACGGCAUAAACUAGUCAAGCAGCCUUCAGGUCCUUUAGAGACGGCGUUUUCUGCAUUCAACCCUCCCAAAGAUGCUCUCUGCGCUAACAACAACUCACAGUCUGAAGCAACAGGUCCUUCAUUGGUCUUGGCACCUCCUUCUGUGAACGCUCCCACGGCAAAAGAGCAUCCACCCCUGGAAACACGGAUCAAGCAGGAUAAGAGUAAUUUCCACGAGCAGCAGAGGCAGCGAGUGGCUCAAGAGGCGUGGGCAGAAAGGAGACAGAAGAAGCAGGAGCGUGAGUUGGUAUUGAAGAGGAUAGCAGAGGACCGGCGCAGUCAGCAGGAGAAGGCCCAAACCGAAGCCACGGCCGAGACCUCUCCAUCCAGUGGACAGGGCCAGAGACUGGGCGGACGUGUGGAGACCAGCGUGGACAACCACUGCAUCCUCAUGAUUCGUCUUCCCUCUGGGGAAUCAAUGCGCGAGCGUUUUCCUGCAGACACUCCCUUAAGUCACGUCGUCCAAUACAUUGCCGGCCGCCACCCUUCGCUACCUGCUUUCUCCCUCCUGCAAGGGUUUCCUCGAAAGCGCUUUGGAGAAGCUGAGCUAAGCUGCUCCCUCCGGUCUCUAGGACUGACUCCCAGUGCUGCACUUUGCAUACAGACCACGCCCCCCGAGACGCCUCAGGACCCGCCCAGUCCAGCAUCCCGAUUGGCCGUUGUAGGGCAGACAGAGGUGGAGCCACGGGAAGAGCCAGUGGCGUCACCAAAUGAGCAACUCCAGGUGGAGGCCGGGGCUUUAGAGGAACUGGAGCUGCCUCCACCUCUGCCCCAUCAGCUGUGGGAGGAAGCAGUGGGGUAUGCUGGGAUUCCUGGGGUCGGACCUCCGCUGUCAGGACCCUCUCAUUACUGGGGACGAGGCCAUAAACUGGUGCAAGGCGAUGCAGAAAAUGAAGAACAUUUGGAAAAUGAGGAGCAACCAGAAGAAGAAUUUGUACCUCCAUUUCAUCUCAACGGACUGCCACGGUUGCCCUUCUUCCUGGAGAACAGGGCAAGAGCGGGACUGGAGCCGAGACAUCACUGGCCGGAGCAGGGCAACAGACUCAGGGAGGCGGAGCCUGAUGAGCCAGCAGACCCUGAGGAAGGCCGUGCAUUGCGUGGAGCUGCGGGUCAAGCAGCGGUCGAGCGUUUACAGCGAGCCGCCCAUCACGACGAGCAGCAGUCGCCACACGGGCAUCCCUCGCCCCCCAAAAAAGCCUUCAAGACCCACCGCGUGCCCUCUCUCUGCUCGAUGGCCACCAGGGCCACCGUUUCCCUCAUGACAGCUCCCAGCAUGCAGUACAGCAGCAGCCUGGCGUGUUUGACCCCAGAGCUGGCCGAACUCUUGUUGGCUCAUAUAGCACGUGAACGUCUCCUCCGACCGCGUACCCUGGAGCUGUUCUUUGGCUGCCCGCUGCAGAAGUUUGUCCUAAACUGCUACCCAUACACCACCAACGAGCUGCUGCGGCAACUGAGGGCGUUUUCCUGUCUCAAACAUCUCAGCUUCGUCAGCUCUCCACUCAUCACAGACGCUGGUCUUUCAGUUUUGUCCAACCUCUCAAAACUGCAGCAUCUCAACCUGUCGUCUUGUAGCAAACUAACAGACAGCUGUUUGCAGCAUAUCGCAGGACUGCGCAGUCUGACGUUCCUGGCUCUGGACCAGACCAAAGUAAGCGAUGCAGGUCUGCUGAUGUAUCUGCAGUCAGGUUCUUCUGCGCUGUGUCAGCUCAGCCUCAAUCAGACGGCCAUCACAGAGAGCACACUGAGAGUGCUGCCCACAUGUGUACCACAGCUACGAAUGCUCAGUAUUAAACACACCAAGGUGAGUGACGUGUCUGCACUCGCAGAGCUCCGAAACCUGCAGACGCUUCACCUGGACGGCACAGGUGUACGAGAAAAUACUCUCCAGUGCCUAGCAACCCACCCCAGCCUAUCAGCUCUCAGCCUGGCCGGCAUACCGGUCGCCGACGGAAACCACACGCUGGAGAUCAUUUCAGGCCUAAGGCUUACCCAGCUCACCCUGCCCGGCAGACACUCUGUGACGGACAGUGGGCUUACGUUUCUCUCCAGACAGACUUUGCUCUUAGAACUCGACCUGACGGACUACACUCAGCUCACUGACCACGGCAUUACACAGCUUGCCAGCAUGACCAGGUUGAAGAAGCUGUCUCUUAGCAACACUCAGGUGAGUGACAGCGGGCUACAGCUGCUGAAACUCAACCUCAGCAGAACCAGAAUCACAGAUCAGGGUCUGAAGUUCCUGUGUCGUAUGCAGUUGAGUCAAGUGAACCUGGAUGGCACAGGCGUAACUCUUGGUGGCAUUGCUAACCUGAUCUCCGCCUGCCCUCAUCUGACCAGUGUACGAGCCAGCCAUACCCGCGCCAUUCCUCCAGACCAACAGUCUGACGACGACGACGAUAACGGCAACAACGCCACACGAUCCUAGAUGUUUCUGUGUAUUCUUCAAACACGGCCAUGGUACCAUUCAGCUGUUUCUCAGAGGGCAGAUUAUUCAGAGCUUCCUUUUUCCAUAAGUAGCACUACAAUCUCACUUGGGUUCGACAAUCAAGUUGAAAUACGUUUUUGAAUGUGGUUAAACAGCGUAAUGAACAAAGUGUUCAUACUUAACCUGCGUUUUGUCUGGAACUUGAAACGUGCCAUGAAUAUGCACACUUCAAAUUUAUAUUUUUUCUGGGCAUUUUGCAUUUUUUUGUCAAAUAAAAUGAAUUAAAUAUCAUUUAAAAAUACUGACGACUUGUAAUACAGCAUACAACAAAAGGCGUCAUAAUUUAGUAAUAAUGAUGCUCAAAUAUUGAUAAUCAACAAUUUGCAU